GGGAGAGGUUGGGUGUGGGACAGAACGGGGUGCGGCCGGGACAGACCCAGAGACACAGCACCUUCCAGCAUCGCAGACAACAGCAGGCCUCGCCCAGCCACGGCCCCCAAGGAGGCCACUGCGUGUGUGUGUGUGCGUGUGUGUGUGCGCGUGUGCGUGUGUGCACACGCCUGGCCUUUGUCCUCGGCCCCUGGGCAGCUCUGCCCCAUCAGCCCCCCAAGCCUUUAUGGACAUUCCCCCAGGUCACAUCAACAAGAAUGUUUACUAGGUUUUUUUCCUCUCCCUCCGAGAUUCAGCAAACACUGUUUCCAGCAGAGGCGUUUCCAACAAUGUAUGACAGCGACAUCUCCGUGGGCCUGGAGGCUCUGCGCCUGAGGGGCUUUCGUGCAGGCAGACACAUUUCCUACUCUGGAGCUGAUUCUGUCAUAGGGGCCUCCAGAUUUGUCAGGCGCCCUUGGCGAGCUCAGGGGAGCCCCUCUGUUCCUGCUUCUAGGGCAUCAGUGAACAUCUCCUGUUGGCCAGAGGUACCCUGGGGGGUGCUGCGGUGCCACGGUGACCAAGGCAGACCCCGUCACACCCUCACCGAGCUCCUGGUUUGGAGGGGCCAUAGGCAACAAAAUGCAGAAACAAAUUAAUCUAUAACUUCAAAGAGUGGUAAAUGCUUUCAGGAAAAUACAGAAGGUUGAGGUGGUGGAGAGCGGUUGGGUGUCUGCUGGGCAGGCCUGUGUCUGGCCACUCGCUGUGCUGGCAUUGCCCGCCCCGCAGGUGGAAACGGAGGUGUCCAGCAGCCCCACGGCACAGCCCCUUCUCUAGCCUGAGUGAGGUCUGUGCCCACAGAAGACACACGUGUACCCUUUCCUCCACCUUAGCUGCCCAGCCUGACUGUGUCCCCCAGCAGCCAGUGGCCAGGGGCCAAGUUCCUGCCUUAGUGGCACUGAGGGGGGACACCCCGCCGUCUCGACCUGGCCUUGGCCUCUGGCAUUCCCCCCGGGAAUCUCCCCGGGUUGGGGAGCGGGGCAGGGACGGGACCCUGUGUUCUCACUGAGGAUGUGCGGGGGCCGGACAGUGUGACCUUGGCCAAGACCUGACCCCGCCGGGGCUUGGCCACUCCGGCCUGGGCUGUGCGAAUCAAAGGGUCAUUGUCUGGCUGGCUUGGGUUCCGGCCCUCUCCGGGGAAACCGAGGCCAGCUGCCAGUGGCCUCCUGCUCCCGGCUCUGUCUUCCCUAACCCAGAGGCUCUGUGCAGGCUGACCUCUAACAGGUCACUGACCCUUUCCGGAGCGCUGCCUCCUCCUGAGACCCCAGUGACCACCUCCCCUCUCCCGUCUCUGCCGCUCUCCCCACCCUAUCCAGGCCCGAGGCUCAUCCUAGGACUUCCAGCCCCGACCUGGCCCCUGCAGCCCACUUCCUACCCCAGCCGCCAUAACACUUCUCCCUGGUUCAGACACCCACCGUGGCUUCCCGUGGCUUCUGCUCACACCCCAGGCUUCUGUUUCCCUCCAGGUACAUCCUGACAGGUAAACAGACAGUGACAAUCCAGUGUUGUUCUGUGGCAGAGGAUGCCCAGAUGGCAAAGGUGCCCCAGGCCUGACCCAGGCCUGGGGGAGACUGAGGAACGCUUCCCAGAGGAAAGAGAUGUUGAGGUUGAGACUCCAACGUUGGACGGAACGGCAGGGGUGUGCGCUGGAGACAGAUGCUUGUGCUGAUUAUAUCUGUCCAAGAUGCGAGUCUGGUUUUAUCGAGGAGCUUCCGGAAGAGACCAGGAGCACAGAAAACGGUUCUGCCCCCUCCACAGCUCCCACGGACCAGAGUCGGCCACCAUUGGAGCACGUGGACCAGCACCUGUUCACGCUGCCGCAGGGCUACGGACAGUUUGCUUUCGGCAUCUUCGAUGACAGCUUCGAGAUCCCCACGUUCCCUCCUGGGGCGCAGGCUGACGACGGCAGGGACCCUGAGAACCGGCGGGAGAGAGACCACCCGUCCCGGCACCGGUAUGGCGCCCGACAGCCCCGCGCCCGCCUCACCACGCGGCGGGCCACCGGCCGGCACGAAGGCGUCCCCACGCUGGAAGGGAUCAUCCAGCAGCUCGUCAACGGCAUCAUCACGCCCGCCACCAUCCCCAGCCUGGGUCCCUGGGGAGUCCUGCACUCAAACCCUAUGGACUACGCCUGGGGGGCCAAUGGCCUGGACGCCAUCAUCACACAGCUCCUCAAUCAGUUUGAAAACACGGGCCCCCCACCGGCAGAUAAAGAGAAAAUCCAGGCCCUCCCCACCGUCCCCGUCACUGAGGAGCACGUAGGCUCCGGGCUCGAGUGCCCCGUGUGCAAGGACGACUAUGCGCUGGGUGAGCGUGUGCGGCAGCUGCCCUGCAACCACCUGUUCCACGACGGCUGCAUCGUGCCCUGGCUGGAGCAGCACGACAGCUGCCCCGUCUGCCGGAAAAGCCUCACGGGACAGAACACGGCCACGAACCCCCCGGGCCUCACCGGGGUGAGCUUCUCCUCCUCGUCGUCCUCCUCCUCCUCCAGCUCGCCCAGCAACGAGAACGCCACAAGCAACUCAUGAGCCCGCGUCGGCCGUCGGGAAAGCACGGGGCAUUUCCCACCCACCCUCAGCCAGCGCCACACGGCACCCACAGACUGGGUGCCCCGGCGGCGCCACGCUCGGCUGGUCGGCGCUGCAGGUCCCGCCUGUUCCAGGGCAGGACCCGGCCCACCGGCCCCCUGGCUCAGGAAGGCGUGGGCCACAUGGUCCCCUCUGGGGCGUCCCCAGCCUCCCCGUCCUCUGUCUAACCUCACCCUCUAAACGUUCAGCGGUGGAAAGAUUUUUAUAAUUUUAAAUUAUUACUGCUUUGAAAUAAACGGACGUUUGAGCUCACAUGGCGGCAAUGCAUGAUUUGUGGCAAAAGACAGGCACAGCGGCUCCACCAGCACUGCAGGCGCCGCCAGGACAGGCCGCGUGGGCCCAGCCUCCCCCUUGGCCGCCUCCACGACCCGGAGUUCGGGGGCUCGGGACCAUGAGGAUGACCAGCAAAAUUCAAGAACAAAACUGCUCCAACAGACUUUUUUAAAGGAAAAAAUAUGUGUAUCUUGAAAGCUAUUUAAAAUACACUACUUACAAACAGAA